AUGUACUCUGACUACGAAGACAACGGCGGCGAGGACGAGCAGCCAGCCAAGCGCUCGGGUGGCUACAGAAUCGAAGUGUGCCCGAAUAACAGGGCCAAGUGCAAAGGUCCUGAGCCAUGCAAAGGCGAAACUAUCGUUAAGGGCUCGUUGCGCCACUGCUCCGUCGUCGACAUCAAGGGCAACACCUCCAUGGUUUACCGCCACUGGGGCUGCGUCACCGCCAAGGUUCUGGCUAACAUGAAGAAAGAACUCGGCGAUGCCGACAAUCUUGACGGUUUCGAGGACAUUCCCAAGGAGGACCAGGAGCGACUUCGCAAAGCUUGGGAGGUAGGCCACGUCGCCGAAGAGGACGUUCCGAGCACCGCAAACAAAAGCAAGGUGAUUCCGGGCUAUGUUGACCCGGACGCACCGGAGAAGCCCAAAAAGGGUGGCAGAAAGAAGAAGGAUGCCGAGGACGGCGAAGAGGGCGGCGACGAGGAGAAGCCCAAGGAAAAGGCGGCUGCUCGUAAACCUCGUGCCAAGAAAGCCAAGGAGGAAGAUGAGGACGGUGACGCGAACAUGGAGGACGAGGAGAAGCCAAAGAAGGCACCUGCCAAGAAGAGUCGCGCGAAGAAGGCGAAAGCUGAAGAAGACGCCGAUAAGGGCGAGGGCGAUGAAGAGGAGAAACCGGCGAAGAAGGCUCCAGCGCGGAAGCCGCGCGCAAAGAAGGCAAAGGAUGAGGACGACGAAGACCCUGAGGACAAGCCAGCUCGCCGCGCGCCGGCUAGGGCCUCCCGUGCUAAGAAGCCUGUCGUCGACGAUGAAGACGAUGAUGAGGCCGAGGAGAAGCCAAAACCGAAGGCCCGCGGUAAGAAGGCUGCUGCGCCGAAGAAGGCUGCUGCGAAGAAGAAAAAGGCCGACAGCGAUGAUGAUGGUGAAGACUUCGGCGAUGCGAUGGACGCGAUCGAUGAUGACGAAGAGGCUGAGGCGAAGGAGACGGACGACGAGAAGCCCGCUCCCAAGAAGCGCAAAGCACCGGCGUCGAAGUCCGGGAAGCCUGCAUCCAAGCGCCAGCGCUCGGGCGGCCGCCAGAAGAAGUCGGCCGACGUCGUUGAAGAAUCCGGCGAAGAGUAG